AUGUCAGGGUUGAGCACAGGAAGUCAUGUCAAUUCACCAUAUGUCAUGUACUUCAAGGUGAAAGCAUUAAUUUUGGAACCAGGUCCUCUCACUGAGGACCCCACAAGGGGAGGGAUUAUAGACUCAGAUGGUGAGGUCCUGGCUAGGGGCAAAGGAGCAUACAAAUGUGACCAAAAGACACUGAUGGCCUAUGAUAAACUUCAAAUAACUGUGGAUCAAGAAUCCACCCUGUACAAAGCUGCAAGGAGUACAAGCGAUUCGUUCGUCGGCAAGUUGCUUGCUGAAAAGUGA